UAACUCGUGAACUUCGUCGACUCGAACGAUCCAAACUUUGCGCGCUCAUGGAGAAUAUUCGGCAGAUUUAAACACUUCAUGACCUUGGUUGUAGGUUGACGUUUCCAAGAUGACACUUAACACUCAGAGAGAGGGUAAGGAACCGUUACAGAGAAGGGCAAGCACUCCUAUCCCUUCAUCUCAUCAGGCUGGCCCGGGGAGCAGAGACCCUCCCGCGGACCUGCAUCACCCACCGCUCGGCCAGUCUGCGUCCUACCACCCCGGGGAUAAGAGCAUUCUCUCAAGGGCUAGCUGGUCUUCAGAUUCAGAGGAGUCGGACAGCUCGGGGGCAGAGUGUCUUUAUCGCGUGGUUUUGUUGGGUGACCAUGGAGUAGGAAAGUCGAGUCUUGCUAAUAUCUUUGCCGGAAUACAAGAGAAAGAUGCACAUAAGCACAUAGGAGAGGAUACCUAUGAGAGAACACUAACUGUGGAUGGAGAAGAGACCACUCUUGUUGUGAUGGAUACGUGGGAAACAGAAAAACAGGAAGAAGAUGAGAAGUGGGUACAGGACUACUGUAUGCAGGUGGGAAAUGCUUACGUCAUUGUCUACUCAAUCACCGACCGCACCAGCUUUGAAAGUGCAUCUGAACUGCGCAUCCAGCUGCGCCGCAUCCGCCAGGCCGAGAACAUCCCCAUUAUCCUUGUUGGCAACAAGAGCGACCUGGUGCGAUCCCGAGAGGUGGCAGUAGAAGAGGGUCGGGCAUGCGCCGUGGUAUUUGACUGCAAGUUCAUAGAGACUUCAGCCUCCCUGCACCAUAACGUGCAUGAGCUAUUUGAGGGAAUUGUGAGACAGAUCCGGCUACGGCGAGACAGUAAAGAGACCAAUGAGCGCCGUCGCUCUGUCUAUAAACGCAAAGAGAGCAUCACCAAGAAGGCCCGACGUUUUCUGGACAGGCUGGUGGCCAAGAACAACAAGAGGAUGGCCCUGAAGGUACGCUCUAAGUCCUGCCAUGACCUCGCUGUGCUUUGA